UGAUCAUCGCCUCCGUCGAUAAUGCGCAUCUCAUCGUAGCCGAGUUGAACGUGAUCACGAAUGUGUACAGCUUGGAGACAACUAUAUGGGGUUCUCCGCCACUCACCGCUGGUUCCCAAAGCAACAUUUCGAACGAGGACGCUCAACAGAUAUUGCCUAAAUAUAUUUUUUCUUUGCAAUCUUAAGUUCGAGCGCACAGUGUAGGUAAUGAGAACAGACCUAAUGUAUCUGAGCAAGAUACCAUGAGGUACAAUAUUGUUUGCAACACUCGCAGUGGGUUAUAAACACACCCUUUGUUUCAAAUGAGCACGCAUUGUCACGAACAAGCCAAGGAAGAAAAUAAAAUUCUUCCGCUGAUGUUCCGAAGUUUUUUAGACAGUUUAGUCACAGAGUACACGAAGUCUGCCCUCUUUACCAAUAUCUCCUAGAUGAACUGAAUCAAUUGUUGGAACGUAGCCCUUGUUGCCGUGGAAACGUCUUCUAAAAUGACAAAACAAAUCGUUACUUUUACUGAGAAACUAUCAAAUUCCGUCUAUGACGAUUUGUAAUAGUAGUAAAUGACUAUUCUAACUACUAAACGUUACUGUGUAAUAGUUAUUUUACAAUCAAUACUACUGAUCUUUGAUAUAUCUGUUAAUUCGUUCGUUAGUUUCGCACGACGAUAUCCUCUGGAUCUACUCAUUCUUUACGUAGUUCAAGACUUCUGUCAUAUCAUUGCUCUUGCCAUAUUAUUGCUAAGCUUCUUCUCCACAUAUGUGUUUCAGGUUGGACUGUUGGAAUUGCUGUACACGAGAUUUCGUCUUACUUUAAUCUUAUCUGUGUUUUAUAUUAUACUUAGCAUUGGAUUACAUGUGUGGCAUGUAACUAUUGUUUGGCAUGAUCCAUUUGCUUAUUAUUGGAGCAAAGGUUUUCAUGCCCUCAGCGCUAUACAUAAAAUAGUUGCAGUUCUAUAUUACUACUUUUACAAGAGAGCUGCACUGAAAAUCGGAGACCCACGAUUCCACGAAGGUAGCAUCUGGAUGCAAAAGCAACUGAGUUUUUCAUAAAAGAAUUUUAAUGUUUCUUUUUGUACAAAAUAUAAUUUAAUACAUAUUUCCUUACAAUGA